ACAUUUUUAAUGAGGUUUCUCAAAUACUAUUUGUGCGCAAUAUAAGAAUAAAAUAAGAUAAAUCCUAAUUAAUUUAUUUUAUUUCUUUGAAUUCAGUGUCUUUAUUCAGACACUCUGAUCUACUACAAUACCAAAAUUGUCAAAAUGAAGAUGACCUAUUUAGUCUUAAGACUGCUUUGGCUUAAAAUACAUUUGUACUGAGAUCUCAACAUUCUCACAAUGUGGUAGAAAAUCUUCCAUCUGUUUCCUUCUUUCGUUUACUUGCCAAGUGAUCCGUGGCACAACGCAGUUUUUAAACUUUCAGGGAUUUAAAAAAACAAACUCGUCAGUUUAUUGUUUAACAUUAAUUUUAGCUUUAUUUUGUGUUGAUGAGGUUUGUUUAAUUAUUGUAAUAUAGUCAUAGUUACAGUUAUAAAACAUUGAAGUAAAUGUGGAAUCAACUGGGAAAUAUUUUAUGCAAAAUGCUUCACCAGCGGUUGACCAAAUAAAACAUACAACAUAUGCAAAACCAGGAACUGCAUCCUGUCUGCUGGUCAUUUAUCAAAAGGUGAUGUUGCGCUGCCUGCUGCUGUAGAUCAGAUGAAAAUUUGGUGAUUCUGUAUCAGCUUGAAAUAAACAUAAAAUGAUGAUCUGCCUGCUUCAUUUGUGUAUAUUCUUAAGCCUUAAUGCCAUUGCCAACUGUGCAUAUGCUGACACGCCUUUGACUGUCAGUGUUGAUGUGUUGACUCUCAAUGAUCAUACUAACCUGACAUGCUGUCACCAGAAUAUAUCAGAGUGCUUUUUGUACGCUGACUCUCAUGUGGUAAUCGACCAUCAAAAUGCCAGGAACGUUUGCUGCAAGCUCAUUGUCAGUGGAGAGAAGUUGUUACAGAGUAGGAAAGCUGACCAACAGCUCGUAACAACCGUUAACAUUUUCUGCAAAACCCAGAUCUCCAAUGGCAGUCAUACCAUUACCGUGUGGAGGCUACCUCUUUCUGGUAAACAUGCCCUCAUGUUGCUGGUUAUACUGGGGACCAUGAAUCUGUUGUUUUUGCUCAUCCUAAUCCUUAUAUGUAUUUGCCACACUAUAACCAAAAAACAAGGACGCAAAGGACAGUUUGAUCCAGUGAGAGCUCAAGAAUCAGACAGUGACACCCAAGGCCUAAAUCCUGAGGAGGAGCAGGAAGAGAAAGCAGAGGCAAAGGAGGAUGAGAUAUUUUAUGCCACAGUAAAUCAUGCAGGUUCUGCUGGGUCUUCUGCAGUGAAGUUUGAAUUAGGAACAGACUAUGCCACUGUGGUCAUAAACUGAACACCCUGCAGCACCAAAUGAAAACAAUAAAGAUUGAUAUCGUGUUAGCUGAAAAUGUAAAAAGUGUAUAAAGCCAUGUCACUGCCAUAUUGUAAACACAUUUCCUAUGGUUCAUGACUCUGUCUGGAUAAAAGAUUUCAAAUAAAUGUAUAUAAAAGAA